GGCAGAACGAGCAGAGGGGCAGCAGGACAGGGAGAAUUAGAGAGCAGGCAGGUGGGAGAUGACAGAGGCUAGAGUAGCAGAGGUAAGUUGUUGAUGCGCACAAGAUGGCACAAGAGGGCACGAGAAUUGGAUGGGCCACUUACUUGGUGGUGGUUAGCUGCAAUGGUAGGCAGGGUUAUUAUUGGCGAGACCGACAACGACAGCUUUCUCUCUCAGCUCAGUCUGAGUCUAGUGAGCAGGCUCUCUCUCUCACACGAAAAAGAAGAAUCGUCGGGGAUCGAGCAGCGACUAGCGAGGCCGGGACAACAGCUGGGGUGGGCCGGGCGUCUCGUUGAGCAACGCCGAGCAGGGGCGGUGGGGGCCUCCCUUUUUCUGUCGAUUGAUUCAAUCAAUCAGUCAAUCCGGUGGGAACGGCGGCAAGCUGUUGGGGGGAUGCAAGAUUCAAUCAUUAUCGUAUUCAUUAUUAUCUCCCCCGUACACACCGAGGCACGGCUACAACUGCAUUAUCUCGCAGAUAUCUCGGGACUCCACGCGCCUUGCGAGGCACCGGCACAGUGAUGGCUACGAAACGGAUCACGAAUAGAAAAAGAGCAAAUAUUGGCCGGGUCCACGUCGAGAUAAAAAAUAUACGGGCCCUUCCUCGGCCACCGGCGAUCCAUUUUUGAGCAGGCAUAGAAUUAUAAUAAUAAGACGAC